CCUAUAGGUGUUGUAGCCCUCCGAGACACAUCCAGACACCUCCCACAAUAAUUACAUCCACCCCAGCCAUAGCUGUCCUUGUAUAAGAAAGGAGUCUCCAACUGCUACACCAGGGAGGGUAAGUCCCAGGUCAACGGAGGAGGGACAGCGGUAUCGGACAGUGGAGGCAGCAGUGUUGUUUCAGUGCUGGUUUGAAGGAGAGAAGCUCCCCCUGCCAGCAGAGCACUUCACGUACAUGGAUACUGCCACAAUUGAUUGACCCUAUCUCUGCUGACCUUCCUGUGGUUUCUGUUGGAGGUGUUGCGAUUUAUUGAACAUGUGAAUGUUUUAAAAGGUGGUGUUGUGAGCCUAUGCAAGAGACUUGGCUUGUAAAGUGGAGUGUAUUGUAUCUAGGUAAUGGUAUAGAAUCUUCGUCCUCUGACCUCACAUCUUUGUACCAUAGCCGUGGAUUGGAUUUGAAAGUUCAGGAAUUAAGAUAUUGACGACACAGCCUCACUCACCUUUGAUGCAGAUCUUGUCAAAGCAGUGGAUCGUGACUUUACAGACCCUAUCGAGUCAGAAGAGACGGACAUUCUGAUGGCUGAUCCCAUUUGCAAUAUGAACGGAAAACUGUCCCCACAAAGCAAGCUGACUGGUGAGGAAGUGCUGAGACUGGACAACAGUGGAGUGACAGGCCCAAUGCAGAUCUCUCAGGAAGCCACGUCUGGGAUGGGGAAGCGGCAGGAGUGUGCUGGAUGUAAGAAGAACAUCAGUGACCGCUACCUGCUGAAGGCUCUGGAGCAGUACUGGCACGAAGACUGUCUCAAGUGCUCAUGCUGCGAUUGCCGUCUCGGUGAAGUCGGGUCCACACUCUUCACAAAAGCCAACCUGCUUCUCUGCAGAAGAGACUAUUUGAGAUUAUUUGGUACAACUGGCUACUGCUCAGCCUGCUCGAAGAUGAUCCCAGCGUUUGAGAUGGUUAUGAGGGCCAAGACCAAUGUGUAUCACCUGGAAUGUUUUGCUUGUCAACAGUGCAAUCACAGGUUCUGUGUGGGAGAUCGGUUCUACUUGUGUGAUAACAAGAUACUGUGUGAAUACGACUACGAGGAACGCAUGGUGUUCGCCAACAUGACCAACCUUCCAAACUACGGCUACAAUGCCCUGUCCCAGAUGAAAAGACAGACCCAGAGCCUGAGUGAUGAUGUGUCUAGUGGAUACGGAAGUCCCAGCCCCAGCUCGUUAUAGUCAUCAAUCCCUCGGCGCAUGUGACAAACUUGUUGCAGUGCAAAACUGAUGUACAGUUUCUUCAUCAUUGUUAUUUCUCUGUUCUCAAUCUUACAACCUGAACUUUGAAGUAUGAGAGGUCAUGCUAUGAGUGUGGUGGUGUGACAUUAGGGAGAUAACUCUCAAUGAUUGAUACAGAGUUAUCUGCCCAUGGUGUAUAUUACACAUGUACUGUUGUGUAUUCACAUUUUAGUGUGCUUUGUUCACGUGCUGGAUUUGACAAGAAGACAUCUUGAAUCAUCGCAGAAAUUGCAGUGUUACAACCCAUGACCAUUGAUCAACAAUUCAUAAAAUGGCAGCCAAUGAAAGUUUGGCUCUUGCAAGGGAAGCAGUUGUGAAUACUGUUCAAACGAGCAACUUUGUGUGCUACAUCAACUUGUGAUCACAUUUUAUGGAUUUUUCUUUCUAAAUUGAUAUUGACUGUGCCAUAACACAACAACAGAGCAUAUUUAUAGUGUUACAUGUUUGAAAGCAAAAGGCAAUUCUAGAUGUGCAUUGCUCACAAGUAUGGAUACUGCACUUGGUUCUAGGGUGAGGAUAAUACAUGGUAAAACAAGGUUCAUGAUCACAUUUCAAAAUGUUAACUGUUACAAUGCUUAUAUUGUGCAUUACAAAGAGAAAUUUAACAAAAGUAUAAAAAAAUUAAAACUUAUUUAAUUGAUAAUGCAUUGUCAACAUAAGAUGAAGCUUUAAUAUAUAUUUAUGUGUUAUUAUUAUGAAAUUGAUCAUGGUCCUUCUGCAUAUGAAUACAAGUGUUUCAUGUGCUUGUGUAUUCUAGUCAACUCAUGCAGUUUCCCUCCAACUGUAUAUACUGCAAUCCAAAGAUGUACAUAUAAUGAUGAGGGUUUAGAGUUGACAUUAGAUUCCACAAGGAAACACAUUAUUUUAUUUAUUAAAUUUCAUGGUUUGUUUAUAAUUAAAUAUCAAACUUGUUAAUUUGUUUGUUCUUGAAUCACUCUUGAAAAUCUGGUAUUUAUGGAAAGACUUGAUAUUGCACUCGAUAGAUUUUCAUUUUGUUAAUUAAUUAAUUUGAUGUGAAUGGUUUUAGAAUAAGAAUAAGAGAUAUACUUAUGUCCUGAAAAAUGUUUUGUUUAAAAUGUAAUUAUUUCAAUGAUUUCAAUGAAACCGUUGAAAGGUUAGAUAAAUUUGAUUUCUAAAAAAUGCUUGAAGUGAAGUUCAUUUUAUUUAUGAUUCUUAUUAUCUUUGUGCAUUAUUAAAGUGAAAUAAUGACCUGGUUGUUUUCAUUUUCAAUAUUGCUCAUUUGUAUCACACUGUUUUUCCAAUUCUGAGGUGCAAUGUUACUUUUUGUUUGUUUACGUACAUUUCAGGAUGUGACAAAUAGUUUGUUAAAAGGCUGGCAUCAACAGGUUACAACUGAACUUGUAUAGACUCUCACCAGUAAAACUGGUUCAUGAUUAACAAACUCUUUCAACAUCUACAGAAACAAGGGGGCAGGCCCUUUGCCACAAUUCACAUGCAGAGUUACCCCCCUUUGUUACCAGGAUCUGCUGGUCAUUUCAAACACCUUAUGAACUUCAUCAGUAUGACUUGCCUAAUACAUGUCAAACAUGAAAUAUUAAACAAGACUUAAAUGGUGGCAUGUCCGUAUGAUUCAGUCGAACAAUGAUAUGCUAUUCCAAAAUACGUUAAGCCUAAAAUAAGAUCUUCUCAACACAAAAAAAUAUUCUUUUGCUGUAUUAUAUAGUUGGAAAUAUUUUUUUGAUGUAUUUAAAUUCAUAAAUAUAGGCCAAUGGUUUCGGCAUGAUAUUUUCAGUUUUGACAUGACUAGUAACCUGUUGAUGUGAAAGCCGACCACAGGCACUUGAUGCGGAGAGAAAAACAUGUAUAAAAUACAAUGAAAAAGGUCUUCAUGUUGUAGAUUAUGUUUCUUGUUUGCAUCAAGUGUCUUUCCCACUUGUGGCAGUCCAGUUAUUGUUAUGAGUGCUUUGUUGUGCGAUACUAUAACAAUGAUCUCUUCAGUCAACAUCAACAGUCUUUCUUCUCUCCCACUGUCAUUCAAUUUGGCCUGCAAAAAUGUGUGUUUCCAAUUUCCCUCCCCAAAUCUGGAGCCCCUGAUCCAAAACGUUUUUCACUAUCCAGUAUUGUACGGAUUUUGUCCCACAUGUAUAAAUUUGUUGCACUUAGUUAUACAUAAACCGGUCAUCUUCAUUUGAAAGCAGGCUGCAAUUUGCCAUUAAAAAAACAAGAGAAGUACCACCACCACCACCACCCCCACCCACCAGCCCCCUAUUUGAAUAGGCUGAAAAAAGAAACACACAUAUUGGUAGUGGGGAGGGGAAUAGUAUCUUUAGUGAAUUUAACUUGAGAAUGAUUGUCAGUAUGUUUGCGGUCACAUAUUGCAGAAUGGAUAUCAUAGUAAUAUUCAACUCAAGUCAUUUUUACUAACUUCAUUGAAGAAGCCUUAACAAGAGUUUCAUAGCACCUGAAAGUCGGCCAACUAGUUAUCAACCUGGUGGAGUAUUUAUUUGUUCUUUCUUGACCUAAUGCCUGUUUCAAAAUUCAGACUUGCACAAAACCUUCAUAGGAAAUGGGUAAAUGAAAACAAUAAUUAUAUGUACUUACAACAAGCACUAAAAGCAUAAUGAAAAUAAUUAUCAAAAUAGAACCUGUUUCAAAUGAGUACUUAUAAGAAGACAUUUUUUUUAACACAUUUCUCAAAUAGAUUUAAUGAUACAUUACAGUUAAUUAGUUGAUAUAUUUGAGAGAGGAAGAAAGACUGUAUUAUCCAAAUGUGUGUUUUUGUAACCCCCUCAUAUUGUAUCAUUUCUCAUGAAAACCUUACACCCCAUAAUCCAAGAUGGCUGUAAAAUCCAAGAUGGCCGAACUAGUGUAAACUUGGAUGUCACACUUAUCUCACUGUCUGUUCAGGGAUAUUGUACAAAUAUUUCAUGAAAACUGUAAGUUUCUGCAAGUUUUUUUAACCCCACUUCAUUUCAUAAUGAAUUCUGCAUUCCAUGGCUGCCACAGUAUUCAAACUAAAAUCAUACUUUCUACAACUGUUCUUAAACAUGUUCCCCCCCCCCCCCAAAAAAAAAAUAUUCUGAAAAUACUUGAAACAAUGCCAGAAGACUUGCAAAUUCUUUGACUACAAGGUGUUUCUCAUGUCCAAGUUUCUGGUGUCCCGCGCCGUGAUAUUGCUGGAAUAUUGCUGAAAGCAGCGUUAAACCAUCUCACUCACACAUCACUCACUCACUCCUGUCCAAGCCACAAGGGGUGAGUUUUUAAUCAAAGUACAUAUAGUGCCCCAAAUUAUCAAAAUGCAUAUAUCAAAAUUUGGGAAGAUAUAUUACGAUUAUUUUGUUUAUGGAUUAGGACACAUCUUUAAUAUACAAUAAUCUCAGAAAACAAAAUGACAUGAAGUAGAAAAUAAUUACAAGCGCUACAAUAUUUAAACAAAUUGUUUUCAUAUACAUAUAUUAAUAAUCUUUGUUGAAAGCAUAGUUUCGAAAAUGGCAUAAUCACUAAAUAUUUAUUUCUUAAUGAACUAUUUUUAUUUGCUCAGGAUUACACCAAAACAGUAUUUGAGGUUUUCAAUUGUUCUGUUUUGUGUCUGAUACCAUUCUAGUCAGUGAGGGUGUAAGGUUGAUUCUAGUCUUCAUGUAUGUAUAUAUGGUUCAUUGAUUGGAGGUCAUGUGACGGUCAUGUGAUGGUCAUGUGACGGUCAUGUGACGCUCAGUCCUCAUGUAUCAUAAUUUCAUUAUCAUUUCUGUUGGAGAGAUGAUGUGUAAUUUAAAUGAUGGAUAGAGAAUAAAACGAUAAAAUUGCCA